CGAAGAGAACCUGAAAAUCUUAAUGAAGGCGACUCAUUUAGACUCGAUCCAACCAUCUUAAAUGAUCAAAUUCGUGAGGUUAUUGAAAGAAGAGAGGUCGAAAACCAAGAAAUUAUAGAAAUAAUGAAUAAAGAAAAGCUAGAGCUUGUGAUGGAAAUUGUGGAACGGAAGGAGUUUGAAAAACAACUUAUGCAUGAUCUCGAGAAAUCGUAA